AUGUUGGAAGCGGGGCUUUUGCAGGAACAUGAAGAAGAAAUUACCGAGACUGACUUAAACUUUGACUUUUCUAUCGGAUCGGAAGAUCUUGCCUUUGAUGAUUUUAAGGAUGAUGCAGAGGAAGUGACAGAGACUGGCGAGUCGCUGGAAGAAGAGGAAGCACUGCAUUUCCUCGUUCAUCAGCCGAAGAGGAUAAUCGCGGGGCAGAUGAAAAGCAAAAAGCGCGUAGUAGGUCAGCGGCAUAUCGCGCUAGAGUUCGAACAACGUAAGAAAAUGUUGAUGGACGAGAUCGACCGACGCACUGAGGCAUGCUCAUCGACAAAGACCAAACGUCUGAGUAUGAAGGAUCUGAAGCAUCAAAAACAAAAGUUGGACAAAUACGACGCGGAGAUGGAGGCACAAUUCACAGCAAGCUUACUGUCAGGGGCAACGUCAUCUUUGCCGGGAACAGAUGCUACCGAACCAGAGGAGGCUACAUCUGAAAACAAAUCCAAGCCCUGGCGUAUAACAAGGAGACUGUGUACGUGUUGCCAGAACACUCACCAUCUUCCCAACUGGAGACCAGGAAUCAAGGCGCAGACGGGCACUCGACCUAUAUAAUGCUAAUCGGCGUGCAAGGACUUCCACAAGUCAACACGAGAAAGACUUGUUGAUGGCCGAGAUCAACGAGCGCACUUUUGGAUUACGAAAGGCCUCAGGAUAUACGAACAUCGAGGAACUGAAAGCGCAGUUGGUUCGGCUGGAUGAUAGAGACAAGGAGAUGGUGGAGAGUGUGAGGGCAAAACUGAUUAGUGAAGGAAGGCUAUGAAUGUUACUCGUACUGUG